AUGUCCACUCGGCGGCACCCUGCGUCUCUCCUCCCCAUCUCGGCCCACAACCCGCGUCUCCUACGCCUUGUCCGCGAGCGCGUGACGUUCGAGAUGGUCCUCUACGUGGCUGAGCAAGUCAUCCGCGCUCUUCCUCUCGUCGACGACCCGGAGCCGUUGUCGAGCGCUCUCCCGACACCACCCCAGACGCCACUCAAGAAGACGUUCGCAGACGAAGAAGACUCGAAGUUGCCCAAGCUCCACGACUUUAUCGCCUCGAUCGUCGACGCCUCGCACGUCCAGAUUCCGGUUCUGCUUUGCACGGUCCUCUUCCUUGACCGUCUCCGCACUCGUCUUCCGGAUAUGGCUAAGGGUCUCCCGUGCACGCGUCACCGCGUCUUCCUCGCAACGCUCAUCGUGGCGGCCAAGUACCUCAACGACUCGUCACCGAAGAACAAGCACUGGGCCAUCUACGCCCAGCUCUUUGACAUCAACGAGAUCAACUUGAUGGAGAAGCAGCUUCUGUUCUUGCUCGACUACGAGCUCCGGUUCGACGAGAACGAGGCGCUUGCGGCUUUCGAGCCCUUCUUGCCCGUCCCGCCGGCUGCCAGCUCGGCAUCGACGAGGCAGAAGGCCGUCAGCAAGGUUACGGAAGCGAGCAAGGCGCGUGCUCAGGCGCAGCUCCCUUCCCCACCGCCGUCAGAGGACCGCUCGCGCAACACUGUCCCGUACACGACUGCUGUUGCUGCCGCGGCCGCCGCAUCCACGACCACCGCCGCGCAGACACUCGCGACGACGGUCCACAGCCUUGCCCGCCGGCUGUCUCGGUCGUACCUCGGCGGCACGGCGCCCGUCACGCCCACGCCCAUCCGCGAGACGCUCGGCCCACGCACCAUCAGCAACGCCAGCACGGCGAGUGGCGCGGACAGCGAGGCUUCCAUGGGCUCGCUUACCGAGGACAACUCGACCACGGACGAGUCGUCUGACGAGCUGCGCGACCUGUCUGACGACGACAGCAUGGCUUCUGACGACGAGGCGGGGCCACGCAGUCUCCCUGCCAACUUGGGCAGGCUGCAGGCUGUUCCCGCGCGCCGCCGCGCCCGCAAGCCGAGCGACACGGCCACCAUCGCGGCGCACGACUCCAACUCGACGCUGCACAUGCUCGGUUCGGAUAGCGCCAUUCAGUCUUCCAUCACGCUGGACCAGCUGGCGCUCUCGUCCGCAGUCAAGCCGCUGCCGUUCCCCGCGCCCUCGCUGAACACGAAGCGUAGCCUGCGCUUGCGUCGUCCCACGGCACCUCCGCGCUUCGACACGCCUCCCAAGAACGCGCAUGUCACGCCUUCCGCUGGUAUGACCGCAUCGGCGACCAGCAACUUCCUUAGCCGGAUGUGGGGCGCGGCGACGCGCAGCGCAUCGAUGACGGAGGUAGACGUUGCCGCUACCGGUCGUGGCCGCCUCGCGCACUCUCGUUCGGGCAUGCUCCGCGCCGACCUCGAGGCGUAG